CUAAAGUAGGUCACCGGGUGGAAGUUACAGCCGGUACAGACCCCGGCUUUGAUGCGAAGGCAGAUUUUCCUCCCCGGCCUCGGGCGGGGGGAUUCACUGCAACUAUUCGGUUCCGUAGAGCUGCCCGCCCCCAUACCUUGCAGCCAGCGCCGGCGACCGUGGCGUUGACGAUGGUCCGCAGAGCGGAGCGGCGGGAAGCCUCUUUUCCACCCUAGUUCGGCCGGCCCUGCGCCUGCCCCUUCCCCGCGGACCGGGAGGAGGGGGCGCGACAGGUCGCCUCCCGCGCUCUCCGGCGCCCGCGUCCUGGGUCUGACCGCCUGGGCCCUGUAUUCCCUUCAAAGGCUCAUACAGAAUGGUUCGUUGUGUGAAGGGCCUCGCUAUUUGAUUCCACUCCUACUACUUUGCAUUUACAUUACACAUUGAGAAAAUUAUGAACAACAACUAUCACUUCUGAGGGUGGAAACUGCCAUGAAUCACAAAGACAAGAAGUAAUUUUCUGUAAUCACAAGAUGACUCAGUUUCCCAGGGGAGAGAGAAUGAUUGUCCUAGAUUAGGUCAUGUGUCCACCCCUGUCCUACGUGACUGGCAGGCUCCAGCAUCACUCGAAGUCCAAAGAGAGGUGCAGUUCCUCAACGGAAGAGUGGGUCUGCUGUGUGCUAACUACUGAGGAUUCAGCGUUAAGUAAGAUAAGUCCUCGUUGCCUAGGAUCUUCCAGCCAGUGCUAGAGAAGAAUAUCUAACAGACUGUUACAGCCCUCGGUAAUCUGUAGAGGACGCAUGGGAUGCAACAGGAGUACAGGGGGCAGGACUGAGCUAGCUGGAUGGAUCAUGCAGCUGCCCAGCUGGAGAAGCAGCACGUGCACGAUGUGUAUGAGAGCACCGCUCCUUACUUCAGCGACUUGCAGAGCAAAGCCUGGCCUCGUGUCCGCCAGUUCCUCCAGGACCAGAAGCCUGGCAGCCUCAUCGCUGACAUAGGUUGUGGAACUGGAAAGUAUCUUAAAGUGAACAGCCAGGUACAUACCCUGGGCUGUGACUACUGUGCGCCAUUGGUAGAGAUUGCCCGGCGUAGAGGAUGUGAAGUCAUGGUAUGUGACAACCUUAAUCUCCCCUUUAGGGAUCAGGGCUUCGACGCCAUCAUCUCCAUAGGAGUCAUACAUCAUUUUUCUACAAAACAAAGAAGAAUCAGAGCAAUAAAAGAAAUGGCCAGGGUCUUAGUUCCUGGAGGCCAGCUGAUGAUUUAUGUUUGGGCCAUGGAACAAAAGAACCGGCACUUUGAGAAGCAAGACGUGCUUGUUCCAUGGAACAAAGCCUUGUGCUCCCAGCCCCUCUCGGAAUCCAGCCAGCCUGGGAGAAAGAAGCAGUGUGGGCAUCCAGAAAGAAGCCAUCCCUACCACCCUCCCUGCUCUGCGUGCCGCUGUCCCGUUUGUUUCAAGGGGCGCUGGGAUUCGAGGCGGUCCCAUAGCGUGGAUUGUGACUCUGCUCUGGCUGGCACCUGCUGUGCAAAUAUUUCCAAGGAAGGCGAGGAAGAAAAUGGAUUCUAUAACACGCUGGGGAAGUCUUUUCGUUCCUGGUUUUCCUCUAGAUCUUUGGAUGAAUCAACUCUGAGGAAGCAAAUUGAAAAAAUGAGACCCUUGAAAAACACAGAAAGUUGGGCCAAUAGCACGAUAUCCACCCAGCCUUCAAGACACUCAAGUUUCGACUUAGAUCAUCCAGAGCCAUUUUCAACAGGAGAGCAAAAUUUAGAUGAGGAAGUGUUUGUGGAGACUUCUCAAAAACACCUGGAAUGGCUGAGAGCGCCCGCCACACACAAACACCUAAAUGGAGACCAUCCAAGAGGCGUGAGGAGAAAUGGAGAUGGGAAUUUUCUGGGUAGCACCAAUACCAAGGAGAAUUGUAUGGAUGCAGGUAACUUAGAAGAGGGUACCCCUUCUGCUAGUAAAAUAUGGAGGAGGAUUUCUGCAGCUGAUUCCAAAGAUUCUAACCCAGGUGACACCAUUUCUGUCGAAGAACAACAGUCCGACAUUUUGGAUUCUGGUGCCUUUAUGCGCUAUUACCACGUGUUUCGAGAAGGCGAGCUCUAUGGCCUGCUGAAGGAGAGUGUGUCGGAGCUCCAUAUUCUGAGCUCUGGGAAUGAUCAUGGCAACUGGUGUAUCAUUGCAGAGAAGAAGGAAAGUUGUGAUUGACCGGAUCAUUUCAGACAUCUCCUCCAAAAGAUGAACCCCAUUCUUCUCACUGGCUUUGUGAUAUGGUUCCCUGAAGGGGCAUCCAAUUUCGUCAUUUGGUCUGUAUUUAAUCCAUUUAUAUUUUGGUCUAUAGAGACUAUGAAUUCAUCAUCUUUUUAGUCUAUAGACAAGCACAGUGCUUGGCAUCUGAAGCAUCUGACAAAGAGUAUUUGUGGUUAAAUGUUAAUAUAAGAGAUCUGAAGAAGCAAUAUAACAUGAACUUCAAUACACCUGAAUUACUAUAACAAUACAUGUAUACUGUUUUUCAGUAUUAUAUAGUGAUUUCAAAAGAUUCUGCUUUUAAGUAUACCUUUUAAAAACAUCAUUUGUAUAUAGGAAGGGGGUAAUUCCUACUUCUCUGGUUAUAAUUUAGAUCUGUGUGCAAGAUAAUAGGUAAACUCGUACCACUGCACAAAUGUAAAUUGAACCAUGUGAUAAAUUAUUUCAUUGCCAAGGCCUUGCUUCUAUUUAAAGUCUUCAGAAAGGUGAGAGACGGUGGAGAGAGACAAGAAGAGUUCUGAGAACUUUUCUAGAUGAUAAGCGAACUUGCUUCAAGAUAAGUAAAUAAUAAGGUUUUUGAUGUUGCUCAGAAGG